GCCCAGCAACCCCCCCCACCUCCCCGGUCGGGACUGCCUGUCUGCGUCCAGUGAUUGGCUGAACGCGUCGACCGCAGUGCGCAACCGCAAAAGAAAAGAGGAGGAGGGAGGGAGUUCGUCGCGUAGCGGCCAACGAACGCGCGGGGGUUGGAGCCGAGCUGAGUCAGAAGGAGGAGGACGAUGGAUGAGCUCCAGUCUGCCGAGGAGACUGCAUUUAUUGUGGAUGAAGUAAGCAACAUUAUAAAAGAGGCCAUAGAAGGAACAAUAGGUGGCAAUGCAUAUCUGCAUAGCAAGGUGAACCAAUGGACUACAACUGUUGUGGAGCAGAUUUUAAGUCAGUUGACAAAACUGGGGAAACCAUUCAAAUAUGUUGUGACCUGUGUGAUUAUGCAAAAAAAUGGGGCUGGACUUCACACUGCAAACUCUUGCUUCUGGGACAAUGCCGCUGAUGGAGCCUGCACUGUAAGAUGGGAGAACAAGACUAUGUACUGUAUUGUCAGUGCCUUUGGACUUGCAAUAUAAUUGCCUUGAAAUCCUUCAGAUCUUGUCAUUGCUUUAAGUCCACUAAAGUUGAAUUCGGUGAAUAACUAAGACUUCCCCAUUCUUUCUGAGGAAAAACAGGAGAGAAAUUUCAGUACUGUUAUAUAAGCAUGAUCCCUUGUUCACACCCAAACUCUGUCUUAACACUUUAAGGACUUUUUCUCAAGGUGCUAAAACCUGAAACUUGCUGCACUUCUCUAUAGCUUUACUCCACCUGUGUGAGUAAGACUGAUUUUCACUCUAGAUUUGUUUGUUUAUUAAAUUAUUGAAGCUCUGAAUAUGUGUAUGUUCAUUCCUAAAACUUUAAAAAAAAUUGAAAUGAGGAUAAUGUCAUGAUUGCAGCAGUGGCUGACCUUAGCUAGUUUUGAAAGUAAGCAGAGCAAAUAUAGUAUUUGGGGUCCCCAAUGGAAGCCCCAUCUAUUUAAAAAAAAUAAUUCUACUGGUAUGUUCAUGUGAUCACCAGGAAUGAGUUUGAAGGUAUCUUUGCCCCAACUUUUAGUAGUCUGGUAUUCAAUAUGCUGAAGUUCUGAAAGAGUAUCAUUAUUCCUUCAUCUCAUUAGCUUCCUGGGCAUUUUGUUUUGGCUGGCAUACCCAUGUAAAGCAUGGGCAGAAUUAAAGAAAGGCUAAUUGACAUUAAUGCAGAAGUUCAGUAUAAAAUUUUAUUAUGAAUAAAUUGAAUUUCAUGAUUUUUAUUUUGCACUAUUUCUAGUAUUUGCUAAAAAAAAUCCUUUACAUUGAAUGUUACUUUUAUGCUGUGGGAAAAUUCUGUUUCAUAUUCCAAACCUCACCAUAAUUACAAACAGCAGAUUCCCUGAAGCCCGGAGAUUACACAUUACAAUAAACCAUGCAUAUCCCUUCUUCAAGCAAAAUUAAAUUUACAAAUGUACUCAUUAAUAUAGGCAUUUUGAAAAAAAAGCACUAGCCACAUUUUGAUAUAAAAUUUUCUAUAUUUGCGUUGUUACACAGCUGUUUAAAAAUAUUGAAAUCUGUUGAAUCGCGUUGAAAGGAUUUUUCCAUAUAUAUAUUGGCACAAGUGGAGCAUAAGACAACAAACACAACGAAAGAGCCAUAGAGCUAAUGUGCAAAAUGAUUGCACAAUCUCAGGUAUUUUUCCCCCUCAGGUUUUGUAUCAAAUUUGACCCAAAAACUUAAUAGCAUGUAUUUCUGAAUAAACAUACACAAAAUUGGAAUUAAAAUCACCAUUAAAAUAAUUGAUUUUUUUCAACAUACCACUUAACUUCUAAUUUCCAAGUAUAUUAUGCUUAAUGUUAACUUGUGUUGCUCUUGGUGGUACUGAAAAAGCCUCAAUUUGAUCCUUUUCAAAUAUUUUUAUGAUAAUGUGUGGUUAACCUCUCCCUGUCCUACACAAUCUGCUGCUUUCCUGGUUUAAUCAGGUUAUUCUGUCCAAUCAUCGAUUUCCUAAAAGAGCAGCUGCUUUCACUAAAGGAAACAUGGCAUUGUCAGAGGACAUUUUAAAACAAAAUUUUUCAGGCUUGGGAGGGGGUAAAAUUCCUACUGCUAACAUGAAAAUUAUUGGAGUCCACCUAAUAACUGAGUAAAUUAAAGAAUAGACUCAUGUACCCAUAAUACUGAUAAGUCAUUUUAUAAUGAGAAUCACCACCACCACCCCAACCUGAGAGCUGUAAGUGAGAGUAUUUAAAACCCUUUUUUAUUAAUAGCUCCCUAGCUUGAUACUGGAAAAAUACAUUUGUAUCCAAGUGAAUCUUCUUAACUGGGAGUUCUCAGUAUUGCCUCAACUAAAAGUAUGAAAUAGAUCCUGUCUCAUUACACCACUGCAUAAUGUACAUACAAAAGUAUUCUGUGAUGAAUAAUGUGUCUAAAAAAUAGUCUCAAUUUCCAAUAAGGAGCAAGGUACAAAAAGAGCAGCAGCACUCAUUUUUAUUGUAUUUUCCCAGUUAAGCGUCCUUUUGUAUGUAUUUGGAAGUUUCCUUUUGACUUUUCCAAAACUGAAAAAUACCACAGUA